CACACACAGAGACCCAACAGUGAGUGUGUGAAGUUCUAACUGAAGAAGAGAUGAAGACCCUGCACUUGGCUUUAAUUCUGCUCUCGCUGUCCGGUGUUCUCACUAAGGACAGUAGAUGGGGUGUGAAUUAUCCUGAUAAUCUGAUCUGUGCUGUGAGAGGAUUCAGUGUCUCCAUUCCCUGUAGUUAUUAUUAUCCAACAUCAAAUCCCCAAAAGAAGGUGACACAAAUGCUUUGGUGCUCAAUGAACUUAAACACAGAUUAUGGGUGUCGUGUCCCUCCAUAUGUUUAUAACAGCUCAUCAAACACCAAGUCAGACUUUGAGUACGUUGGAGACGACAAAUCAAACUGCACUUUGUUAAUCCACAAUGUACAGUUCAGUUAUUCUGGAGAGUACAGAUUCAGAUUUAUAACUGAUGUGCCUGGGGGCACAUGGACAGGUGAACCUGGAGUGACUCUACAAACUGCAGAUUUAAAGGUGUCACUAAUCAGGCUUAGUGGAACCGGAACCCUUAAACAAGGAGACUCGUUAAAUCUGACGUGUGAUAUGAGCUGCACACACAGUUCCUCACAGUUUGUGUGGUCUAAGAACAACGAGCAGUUAAACACAUCAGGACCCGUUCUUCACUUUCCUGCUCUAACCGUGAGGGAUUCUGGGAAUUACACCUGCACUUGGAAAACCAAGGAGACGUCAGGAUCUAAAACCAUCAGCCUUCAGGUCGAGGGUGGGUCCGUCUGCUCACAACACUUAUGA